CUAGGAUCUACGUUGUCACGUUGCAUCAUUGCAUGUUGAUGUUUUACAAGUUUUUAGCUGGAUCGGUUUGAUUUCGAUGUCGAUGACACUUUAUACGAUAUGAUUUUAGUGUAUUUAUCGUCGAAUUUAUUCAUUAUUGCCAGGGCAAUGAGUGAGAGAACAGCGACAUAAACUAUGCGACAAAAACUGUCAGUUACAUUGAUAUUUCUGGCUGGAGUGUGUUUCGCAACGUUCGUAUCUCUUCUUCCCUAUUUAUUGGACAGCAACCGGAUCAGAAAGUCGCAAUAUGUUAGUGGAAAUCCCUUGCUUUCUACUACUGCAAAUGUCGUCGCCAGACUUGGGAUAUUUCAAUGGAGGCCCGUGUAUGAUAACUGGGAUAACUUCUUUCCCAGCGAUUCUCCAGGAAUUCAUGAAACUGCAUUGAUCAGGAACACUGGUCAUUUUGUACCGAAAUUGAACUCGGCAAAUGCUGACCUGAAGGCAGAAGCAGUUGCAUCGUUUAAUCUCGCACUCGAAAUGAAGGAGAGCGGGAAGAUUGCCAAGGCGAAGAAGCUUUUCAAUCAUGCACUAAACCUCGAUCCCCUACAUGCUGACAUUCUGUACGAAUACGGCUGGUUCCUAGAGGAACAUCAGAAUGAUGUAUUGCUGGCAGAGCACAUGUACAAUCGUGCGUUGACGGUCAGUCCUGACCACCAGCUCGCACGGCAAAAGAGGAAAAACGUUCUGCCGCUAGUCGAAGAACUCGAUCAGAAGUCCUUCGGUCGAAUCGAUCGAAAGCGUGACCUGCUCAUGAAGAUACCCGACUCGAACCUCGCGUUUCGGCGCGCGAAGAAGGAAGCCUACUUCCAGCACAUCUACCACACGACGGCGCUCGAGGGCAACACGAUGAACCUCAUGCAGACGCGCUACAUCGUCGAGACGCGCAUGGCCAUCGCCGGCAAGAGCAUCCUCGAGCACAACGAGAUCCUCGGCAUGGACGCCGCGCUCAGCUUCAUCAACAACACGCUGCUCAACCGCAUUGGCCGCAUCUCGAUGGCCGACAUCCUCGACAUUCACGUGCGCGUGCUCGGGGCCGUCGAGCCGACGGAGGCCGGCAAGCUGCGAGCGACGCAGGUUUACGUCGGCGGGUUUGCGCCGCCGGAGCCCAUCCAGCUCGUGCCGCUCAUGAGCGAGUUCCUCGAGUGGCUGAACUCGGCGGAGGCGAUGAGCUUGCACCCGAUCGAGUUUGCGGCGCGCGCGCACUACCGGCUCGUCUACAUCCACCCGUUCGUCGACGGCAAUGGACGCACGUCGCGCCUGCUCAUGAAUCUCGUGCUGAUGCAGGCGGGCUACCCGCCGGUGGUCGUGCGCGUCGAGGACAGACUCGAGUACUACGAGACGCUGGAGAAGGCGAACCACGGCGACUUGCGGCCGUUUGUGCGCUUCAUCGCGCGUUGCACGGAGCAGACGGUCGACACCUUCCUCCGUGCCAUCACUGAACACAACGUCUCUGCGCUCGAAAUAGCCAGCGUGGACGACGGCCGAACUAUAAUCAUGGAAGGCGGGGAGGUUGACCGAGAGGAUUAGCCAGUUCGCUACAUUAGCUUAUUAGUUAAUUCGAUUGAUCUUCAAAAUUGGAUACGCUAAUAUAUUUUUUUAUUAUGAAGAGCUGUUGCAUAGUCUGUACGGUUGGUAGUCCUACAUUUACAAGAGUUUACUUUGUUGAGAAAACACAAUCAUACGUGUGCAGAGUUAUUAAUUUCUCUCUAUACGCUGUUAUGUCGUUGCGGUAAUCAGGUAAAUUGUACUGGGUCCUUGAUCACCAGCUUCUAUCACUGUGUGGGGAAAUUAGGUACAAACAGACUGCAGGCCCAGUACAUUGUCCUGAUGCAUAGCUGUUGCAUACUCUGUGUGGUACAAGCAUUUACAAGCGUUUACUUUACUCAGAAAACGUUAGCCCCGAAUUAUUAGUUACUCUCUGUACUUCAUAAAUUCAACUGGCCUUCACGUGUAGGCUUGUAAUAUUUGCUGUUACUGUGUAACAGUGUAUAGUUGGUUGUUAUUUUCUAGUUGUAUACAACUCUUGAAGUUGUGGCACUGUUGUAUGCCACAGCGGCAACAAUCUAGUCUUCAUAAUAGUUACAGUGACUGAUACAAAAUACACCAAUCGCAAAUUCUUAGGGAGUGAAGGGGCAGUUGUAGCUAAUUGUUGUCAAAUUUAUGCAUCUAUAUUUACCUCCGCCAGGGGCUUGGCGGAGGUUAUGUUUUCACCGGCGUGUGUUUGAGUGUUGGUUUGUGGGU